GGCCAAAGUGGCGCCUGACUGAAAUUGCAUUUCGGUAAACUAAUUUUGGUGAUUUUUCUUCGAUAAAAACACACAACAGAUUUGACCUGAUGUAAAACAACACAUAUUAAUUAAUUUUAGUCCUCGGAUGGUUUUAAUUUGAUCAAUUUCAUUUAUUUUUAUUCUCGAUUGAAAUGUGCUGCCAUAGUAACCGCUGACAACUUUGGUCCUCUUCAGCUGACAGCUAAACAGAAGGAUGCCGGUGCAGAUUUCAGGGGCACAACUGAUCAGAGUGUGCACAGUGCUCCAAGACUGUGCAGACCAGCUUGCCGUUCUGGGAAACAUCAUGCCCGACUCUUACAAGGGCCGCCCAGAGGCUGACAUGGUAGUGGGAACAGACAUUAGUGAGGUCAUUUCACAGAACAAAGAGGCGGAACAAAGUUUGAGGACACUUCGUCACAACCAGGGUGAGAGUGGUUGUGUGAUUGACGCCGUGCAGGAGUUGCACAAAUCACACAAAGAGCUAAACCGCACAUUAGAAACCAACCCACUUUCACCCGACAACCUCACAAAAGUGCAGAGGGACAGGCAGUUUCUGGUUCAGGUCAUCACAGAUGUGUUGGCAGAACUGAAAGAGAAACGCACAUUUGAAACCUUACUGUUUGCUGUGGAUGAGGAGAAGAAGAAAAAGGCCCAUCUAUUGGAUAUCAUCAUAAGGGAGGAGGAAGGCCGCAGACGUACCAAGGCAUUGCAGAGGCAACUCCUGGACAUCCGCAAAGAAAAGACCCUAGAGUUGCAGAGGCUGGAUGAGAUGACGGCCCAUCUGAAGGACCAGCUGCAGGAGAUGAAGGUCAAGACCAGUCUGGAGAGGAAGUACGUGAAGAGCAGCGCUGAGCUGCUGGUCUUCCAGGGGCAGAAGCUCGUCACACACAAGGAGAAGGAGGUGACGGAUGAGAUAAAGCUGCUUAAUGACAAAAUGGAGGUGGAGAGGCGCGUUCACAUGGAGAUGGAGAUCUUCCUGAAGGACAACCAGUUGAGGCUGGGGGAGAAGCUGGAGUACUGGAUGGAGCGCUAUGAGAAGGACAUGGAGGACAAGCAGCAGGAGGUCAACCUCCUCAAGCACUCCAAGGCCACCAACCUCUCCCAGCUUCAGGACCUGGCCAGGAAGUACCGUGAGAGCGAGCAGGUGGUGAUGGACAACCGUCUGGAGAAGGAGAACAUCCGCAAGCUGCAGGAGAGAGAACAGAUGGAGAGGGGUGCCGCCACCAAGAUCCAGUCUUGGUGGAGAGGUGUGAUGGUGCGGAGAGGGCUGGGCCAGUUCAAGAAAGGCAAGAAGGGAAAAGAAGGCAAGAAGGGUAAAGAAGGCAAGGGCAAAACGGGCAAGAAGAAAUAAGAGUAUUUUGGGAAAUUAAAUCAGGCCAAUCUAUGAACAGACAUCUCAAUUGACAAUACCGGUAAUCAAAAUAUAUUCUUUGGAUAUCA